AUGGAAGAGGAAUUGCUGGAUUGGGAAGAAAACACACACAACCUGCUCUUCUGAAAGCACAUGAUUUGUGGCUCCUGUGCAGGAGUUGUUGAGCACUCUAUUUCUUUUCCUUUCGAUACAAUCAAGGUACCAUUAACAUAGACAUUUGCCCAGGCAGAAUCAACGAAGAUGAUUACAUUUUCAGAUACUGCUAAGCUUGUCCGAAAAGAAGGUAUCCUUCGUAUGUGGCAUGGAGUUUCAACAGUAAUCUGUGGCUGUGUUCCAGCCCAUGCAGCAUAUUUUUCUAUCUAUGAAUUUUCAAAGUCACAUUUUGAUAUUCAAUCAAACAGUCAAUAUUACUUGUGGUCAACCGCCAUAACUGGAGCCUUAGCAUCUACAUCUCACGAUAUCAUUUUAAAUCCUAUGGAUGUAGUUAAACAAAGAGUCCAGCUGAAUAGAAUUAAAGGGCCUUUUAAAAUGAUGCUUGAAAUAAUUAAAACUGAAGGCUUUUUUUCAUUAUAUAGAAGUUUGCUUAUUACCAUUGUAAAAUACAUAUAGCUUAUGAAUUGGCCAAAUGCAGCACUUUUUAUGACGUUUUAUGAAAACUUGAAAUCUCAUUUUUUUAGUGAUGGGAAGGUAACGAUGCUUGGAUAUUUUAGCUGUGCUGGGAUUUCUUCAGCUCUUGCAGCUGGGCUUACAACACCCCUUGAUGUCAUUAAAACUAGGCUGCAAACACAAAAUGAAGAAAGUCCACUAUAUAAAAAUAAGGGUUUUGGGAUGGAUAAAAAAGAUAAGAGAAAACUGAGGUAUAAGAGUAUAUAUGAUACAGCUAAACUUAUAUAUUUAGAAGAUGGAGCAUUAGGAUUUGUUAAAGGGAUAGUUCCGAGGAUGCUGUUUUUCUUGCCAGGGGCUGCUGUGUCAUGGUCUGUAUACGAAUAUACAAAAAGACUGAUUUCUAAAUAUUAA